GCUCUUCAUGAAUAAUGAAACUGAAACCUAAUCCUGUAUUUGCAUUUGUUUUGCAAGUCCACAGUGAGAUGACUCGAGAGUUCAUUCAUAAACUUAGGGAGUGUCAAUAAGUGUUGCUGAGCAAUAUCUCUAUAUAAACUGCUUGAAGACGUCUCAGAGUUAUUAGACGUAUCAACAGAGACUGAGACAUCUGCUGGAUCAUAACGUAUCAGAAGAUCUUAGAUGACAAAGAAAUGAUAGAGGAAUUUCAUCUUCUCUGAAUCAUGAAGUUCUGUAAGUUAUGCAAGCAGCGGUUUUCCACAGAGGAGGAUUUCAUGAAUCACUGUUUCACUGCAGAGCACAGGAGACUGAUCUUUGAAGAUGCAUCUUCUCAAUGGAAGCACCGUGAUCCACCACAAACAUAUAAAGACCUAAAACUGUGUGAAAGAUCCCUGACAUGUGAGUAUGGAGGUAACUGCACAAAGGCUCACAGUAAAGAGGAACUUAAAGAAUGGAAAAAACGAAUAAAGGAUGUUCGGAAAAGAGCUCAGAAUGCAUCCGAUCAAGGUCUGUUGUCCUAUCAGGAUGAUCUUCUGGAGGAAUACAGGCACAGCAAGGAUAAAGAAAAGAUUGUGAGCGACACCAUUGACAUCCCUGAUGUUUCUGUCACAUGUGAUUCAGAAUUAGAUUGUGUUUAUGUAAGGGAUGCUGGAAUCCCGAAUACAUGGAAUUUUACCAUUACGUCUAAGGAACCUUUAGAAGUUGUUGCUUUACUCAGACGAAACAUUGGAGCCAAAUUCACUCUCAAUAAAGACCACCAUACAGAACAGACCUAUUCCACUGGUGACUGGUUUCUAACUGAACUCAUCACUGAUCUAAAAGUGUAUGAAGUCCCAGUGUCAUUCACAUCUGAUCGGCUGGGCAUGUAUGAGCAGUGGAUCGUGUUUGACUUUAAUAUGAGACCUGUACUGAUGAAAAAACUCAAGAUUAGAGUUGGAAAGGACAUGGAGAGUUGUGGCGAGGAAACACCAGAUUUGACUCCAGAACCAAAGUGUCAUGGAGUGAAGCCAUGGAGUGAAGAAAACAUAGAAAUUAUCCAUUUUCUUCAGAGAGAAGAGGCAGAGAAAGAACUGCUAAAUAAAUACAAGCUGAUAGUGAAACACCAUAUGAACAGAUCAAUUACUCUUGAAAAUUACAAAGACAGCAUGCAUAGUUUUUUAUACCAGGAGGAAAAGAUGGUAGUUGAACUGCUUUCAAGGCUGAAUCAACGAGGGUCAGCGCAACUGACAAAUCACCUGUCAGAUCCGAUGUCUGGAUUGAAAAUUGCUCUCCAAGGGGAACUUUUUGCUUCUGUUGAUCUGUCUCGACCUCUCACUCCUGACACUCCUCAAGGUUACAUCAUGAAAAGAAAUGCUGUCAGAGUUCUGGUGCGUGUGGCAGAAACUGAUGAUCACCACAUGCCUGUUUACGAGACUAAAUUAAUAAAAGAUACUGCCUCUGAGACACAAAUACAUCUACAGCUUUCUGAACGAUGCUGCACCGAUUUAAAUCUGCAGAAUGAGCAGAAAUGUGAGAUGGAGGUCCAGUUCCAUCUAAAUCGUCUUUGGUUCUGUCAGAUGCACAAGGCUAUCGAUGAUCUCCCAGAUCUGGACCAAGUUUUGCCUGAUCUUAAAAACUGCAGCAUUCAAGUUUCUGAUCUGUCAGAUAUAAGGGACUUAAAUAAGCACCAAAAAGCUGCGAUGAACUUCAUCCGAGCUGAAACAGACAACAGAACCAGUGUGCCACCUUUAUUGAUUUAUGGACCUUUUGGGACAGGAAAAACUUUGACCCUGGCAAAGAUGGCCCAGGUUCUUGUGCAGCAACCAUCAAACAAAAUCUUGAUUUGUACACACACAAACAGCUCGGCUGAUCUUUAUGUCGAAAAACAUUUCCACAAAUUCGUAACUGAUAAUCCUGAAGCCAGACUCUUGAGAAUAAAGACAAAAGAAAGGAAUCUCCAAUCCACAGAUCUGAUCACACUACAGUACUGUUAUUUAUCUAAAGAUGGCCAUCACUUUGAAUUUCCAGAUAAAGCUGUUUUGGAUUCUACAAGAAUCAUAAUAACAACAACUGCAAUGGCCUGUUACUUUCACAACAUGAGGCUACCUGAAAACUACUUCAGUCACAUUCUGAUCGAUGAAGCCUCUCAGAUGUUGGAGUGUGAAGCUCUUGUGGCCCUCGGCCUGGCAGGUAAAAAGACGCGUGUUGUUUUAGCAGGAGAUCACAUGCAAAUGGGACCCAAACUCUUCUCUGUGACUCAAGACGAAUGCUCACAAUACACGCUGCUGAAUCGCCUCUUCUAUCACUACCAAGCUGAAAACAGCAGCGCUGCCAAACACAGCCGAAUCAUUUUCAACGAAAACUACCGCUCGACAAAAGACAUUGUGGACUUUGUUUCAACACAUUUUUAUGUGGGAAAGAGUAAUGUGAUCAAGGCUAGAGGAGACGUGCCUUCACACCCAGACCAACAUGCCCUGCAGUUCCAUCACGUAAGAGGAAAAUGUUAUUUGGACUCAACACGUUCAUCCUGGUUCAACCACGAAGAGUCUCAAAGUGUUGUUGACACUGUGAAAAAAAUAAGUAGUAACUGGCCUUCACAGUGGUGCGAACAAGAUUCAACAUCGAUCUGUGUUCUUUCACAAGGUGCACAGGUUUAUACAAUAAGGCAAAGAUUGCGUGACCUUAGACUGGCCCAUAUCACUGUGGAAAAUGCAGAAAACGUGCAAGGAAAACAAUUCAGAGUAAUUGUGAUUUCCACUGUGCACACAAAGGACAGUCUGUUGGGGAUCGACCAGUCCUUUCUUGAGUUUUUCAAUGACAUGCGUGUGCUGAACACUGUUAUGACAAGAGCUCAAUCUCAAAUAGUUGUAGUCGGAGAUGCAGCUGCGCUUUCGAGCCCUCACUUUGGAACGUGCUGGAGGCUCUGGAGGUCUUACAUAGAGCAUUGCAUUAACAAGGAAAGCGCUUAUGACCUUGCAGAAAGUUUCUGGAAACAAGAUCUUCUUGAUAUAUCAGAGCUCUGCAGAAGUGAGGAUGAUGGGAGGAGCGAUUGUGAAUCAAUCACAUCUGAGAUUUCGGACAUAGAUGACCCAAUACUUCAAGAGCUUCUUGAUGAGAGCAAGGAUAUAAACAUUUCAUUGACAGAGGAAGGCUUGUUUACAGUUUUACAAAAUAAGCAUCUUGUCGGAAAUGUGGUAAGCCAAAAUAUAGAAGUAGAUGCAGAGCAACAGUGUGGAUUAAACAUCCAUAAAUGCUGUGAGAUAGUCAUGGAGAGGUUUGACCAAGGUUAUGCUAUACCACUUGAUGAGCCAACUAGAAGAAUUGACAUCAGGGGUAGACAGAACAUGGGCCAGUCAUUCCCUGGAGACAAGGUACGAGUGGAGAUCCUGAAUGAACAUUCAAAUCCUCCGAUGGGAAAAGUAAUCCAGGUUCUUGAAAGUGCAGAUACCCUCAAAGAGUUUGUCUGCACCCUUGAAAGACAUGACAGUCAGGUGAUGAGACCAAUUAACAAACGUAUCAGCAACAUUUUGACACCAUUUUGUAAGGAUAAACCAAAUCACAUUGCAGUACGUUAUCCUGGGGGGGACCACACAAUACAGAAGUUCAUUAAAGUAAAUGAAGAGACUCGCAGAAAUUAUCUCUUUGUUGUCAGGAUCUGUCAAUGGAGAAAAGGUUUCCGGUUACCUUUAGGCAUUGUUGUGGGAGUGUUUCGAAAAGUGGCAUCUUUAGAGGAUUGGUUAGAUGUGCUUGACAUAGAGUUCCAGUUGAGGAGGACACUUUCUGAAGAUGUGAAGAGAAAGAUGCUAGAUUUUCAAGAUUUUCAUGUAUUUGAAGAUGGACGAAAAGAUUUCAGAGACCUACCAACAUUCACCAUUGAUUCAGAAGUUUCUGAAGACCUCGAUGAUGCAAUCAGUGUAAGGAAUUUGGGUGACUGCUAUGAAAUAGGAGUUCACAUUUCUGAUGUUGCUAGCUUUGUUAGGAAAGACAGUGAACUGGACAAAUAUGCAAGAAAGCAAGGUACUACCUUCUAUCCACCUGACAGGGAGCCAAGACAUAUGUUUCCUGAAGAGCUAAGUGUCAAAUUUUUUAGUUUAAUCCCUAAUCAUGACAGACAUGCAAUCUCCUUGAUAAUAGAAGUAGAUAAAAAGACAGAUCAUGUUAAAAGAAGAUAUUUUGUCAAGUCCAUCAUUUGUUCCAAAAGGAGGUUUUCGUAUUCCGAAGUUGAUGAUAUCCUUGAGAAGCAAGUCGAUAGUCAGCACUUUGACCUCCUUGAAGUCUGCCUUGUGAUAGCUUGUCACUUUGCAGAUGUUCACCGUAAAUACAGAAAACAAGAAGACUGGUGCUACAAGUCUCCAGAUGAGAAUACACCUCUCGGAAGACGGCGAUCUCACAGAAUGGUUGAGGAGCUGAUGAUCAUGUUCAACCACACAGUUGCUGAGCGGCUUCUGUAUGAUAAGGCAACAAGAAGCCUGAUUCCACUCAGAUGCCAAGAAAGCCCCAAAAGCAAACAUAUACAGGACCUUUUGGACAAGAAUGCUUCUCUGGUUCCUCUGUCAGUGCAUCUCUCAUGUCAAGCUGAUGUAACUAGACUUGAUUCUCAAACAAUGAGUAGACACUACGCCAGCACGUCAAACCCAAUCGCUGAUGUUUCUGAAACCUUCCCCAUAUUAAUAUCACUUCUGAAAUGUCUUAAGGCAGCUGCACGGAACAAAGACAUCUACAGAAUUAUUGACUUAAUAACAACUGAUGACAUUCACCCCCAGCUUCUUCCUUCUGCUAUCGCAUUUAGGAAACUCUUUCAGAAAGCUAACUUUUGGCGCUCAAACUCCACAUAUGCCUCAAGAAUUGGGCACAGUGAUUUGAAUCUUGACAGCUAUACACAGGCCUCAUCUCCAAUACGCCGAUAUGUAGACAUUAUUGUGCAACGCCUUCUUCAUUCUGUGAUUGACAAGACAGAUGUUAGCUACACAUCAAAUGACAUUAAUAUGUCUUGUGUCGAAUUCUCAAGAAAAAAUGACUAUCAGUCAGCAUAUAACAGGAAAGUGCAUGCCCUACAUUUUGCAUCAAAACUGUCAACUCAAAAUGAAAGAAAGGUGGCGUACAUUGUGGAGGUCAUUCCAUUAGCAACAAACUUCAAAGUCUCUUUUCCACUUAACCGAGCUUCUAUGUCGGACAAGACUGGUAUUAUGUACAGGGACCUUCAGCUGGCAGAUCAACCAGAGUAUGAUGAAAGAAACCACAGCAUGAUCUUGAAAUGGGUGCGAAGGAUAUAUUCAUUCUCCAAUCCUGACAUACACUCUGAACUACAAAAACAAAGUCCGGACUCUAUCCUUUCCUAUGUCCCAGCCAAGUUCUGGCAAGAACUAGUUGCUGCUAUCAAAGAAGAAAAGUGGAACUCAUUGUUUGGUUUGAUUGAAGAUGUUGACGUGAACUCGACAUCCCACGUAAAACAAUUUCAGGAACUUUCUGCUCCAACAGGAGGACAUUAUGCCAAACUGUCACUGAGAUUAAAGCAAGGUGAGGCAGUCGAGGUGCAGCUGGGUACAACCACUGCUUUUACAAUGAUGACACCCGUGGUUCAGGUGUUUGUCGUGCACCCAAAAUUUGAGCUAUGUAUGGAGCAUGUGAGAGACCCAAUCAAGUGUUUUUCAGAAUACGUGUUCCGUUCAUCAAGGGAUUCAUACAAUUCAUUUGAGGAAUAUCAAAGAAUAUGGGCACCGUUGUGUCAAAUGGAGUCGGUCUUCAAUGCUGUGGCUGAAAAUGAGAGCAUUGUUUUGGAGGAUGUAGCUUUAAAAUGGACAACAUCUCAUCAAGAGAAGCUUCAAGGACUUUUUGUACUUCCAUUUGACAAAAAGAAACAGUGGUCCAUUGAAUGCGACCUUGAGAACUGCUUCCUCUGCAUCCGACGAAGGAAUUGCAUAAACAACUGUAGUCCGUUCCUGGAGAACACUGCCUAUCUGACAGAUAAUCCUGCUGUCAUCUGGGUUGCCCAUGGUGUGGUCACAAAUGUUGAAGAAACUAAAUUCAAUGAUUUGGUAAUCGCUUUUCAAAUAACCCAUAUGGCAAUGACAAACAUUCCUGAGGAAAUCUUCUGUGAGGACACGAGAUUUACAGUGGAACUCAUUCCAGAGCUUCUGCCAGAUGUGCGCAAGAAGGUGGCAAUUGACGGUUUGACCAAAGCUAACCAACUUGUGAGAAAUAUUGCCAUGGGCAAGAAAAUAAACUGUCAAAGAGGAAGCCCUAAUUGGGGCCAAAUGCCUGUCAGAUUUGAGAUUGGUUUUUUCCAUCUUAACAACAGUCAGUGUAAGGCUGUAAGAGAGGCACUUACCAACCCAUUUACUCUUAUACAAGGACCACCAGGAACUGGAAAAACAGUGGUUGGUGUCCAUAUUGUGUUCUGGUUGCUCAAGAAAAUACAAGCACUUACUAGCUGUAAUUUUCAGAAGAAGAGAGCCAUACUGUACUGCGGACCAUCAAAUAAAUCUGUUGAUGUAGUUGCAGGUCAUCUACUAAAACUAAAUCAAACAAGACCUCUGAGAGUCUACAGUGAACAGAUUGAGAUGUUGGAGUUUCCUUACCCAGGCUGCAGUUUGAAGCUCUUACGUCAAUCCAAAAGAGCAGAAAAACCCAACACAGAGCUCAGUUCCAUUGCAUUGCAUCAUCUGAUUCGAAAGGAUGGCAAACCGUUCUCUAAAGAAAUAAAGGACUUUGAUAAGCGUAUUCAAAGAGAAGAGCAACUCACUGAGGAAGAAAUAUCAUGCUACAAGGAACUGCUCAUAAAAGCUCGUAAGGAUGAACUAUUGCAGCAUGAUGUCAUCUUGUGCACCUGCACUGCAGCUUCACAUCCUUUAUUAGCUAAAGUUCUUGAUAUAAAACAGAUCAUCAUUGAUGAAUGCGCCAUGGCAACAGAACCUGAAGCCUUUAUUCCCCUUGUGACGCAUAAACCUGAGCAGAUUGUUCUUCUGGGCGACCACGAGCAGUUACAACCUGUUGUUCAGUGUGAAGUUGUGGCGAGGUUGGGCAUGAAUAAAUCUCUUUUUGAACGUUACAGGGAAAAAGCGCUGAUGCUUGACACUCAAUACAGAAUGCAAGAAGCCAUUUGUGCGUUUCCAUCUGAGGAGUUUUACAGAGGACAGUUAAAGACUGAUAAAAAACACAAACCAGGUCUGUUCCUAAAUGAAGCGCAAAGACCAACACACAUCAUCUUCGGUCAUGUUGAAGGAAAGGAGAUCAGUCUGGUGGUCUCAACAGAACGAGGCAAUGAAAAUUCAAAGGCAAAUGUGGAAGAGGCAAAAGAAACGGUGCGGAUUGCCAAAGAUUUGAUUCAGGCUGGGAUACACACACGAGACAUUGCUAUACUGACACCGUAUAAUGCACAGGUGUCAAACAUCAGUGACAUGCUGUUUAAAAAGGGCUUGCGUGACAUCACAGUCACUACUAUCAUGAAGAGUCAAGGAAGUGAAUGGAAAUAUGUCAUCUUGUCAACUGUGCGCUCCUGUCCUCAGUCUGAUAUAGAGCCGCAGCCGACCAAAUCCUGGAUUACAAGCCGUCUUGGAUUUAUCACAGAUCGACAUCAAGUCAAUGUGGGCAUCACUAGAGCACAAGAAGGCCUGUGUAUCAUUGGUAAUGAGAACUUGCUGAGGUGUAAUGCUUUAUGGAGAAAACUUCUUGAUCAUUAUCAAAAGAAAUGAUGUGCGAUUAAUCCUGCCAGCAACAUCCAGGUUCAAAAACCUCAGUCAGGACCUGUGAGAACUUACAGAAGAUAAAUCAUUGAUUUGAUUUUUGAUUUAUUGAUGAUUGAUAUCUAUUAAUGUUAGACUUUACAUUUAGGCCUACUCUACAAUUUUGAAAAUGCAUAGAAACAGGUCAGGGCCUUUUAACAGGUAUCACGCACCUUCUGCCAAGCAGACAUGAGGAUUUGAAACACAUUGGUAUUUAUUACAUGCUGAAGUUGAAUAUAUAUAAUGAGUAUAUAACUUAUGGAAAUGUGUGAGCAUUUAUAUAUUUGUAAAUUUUAUAAUAUAUAUUUAAUAUAAGUUAGUUUUGUCUUAUUAACUGAAUUUUGCUCUGAUCUCAAGAGGACCAUUAAAUAAACAAAUAAAUUAUGAAAUUUCUAUUUCUGCAUGCAAUGUUUAUAUUUGUCCACCUGAUGGUGCCAUACACGCAUAUGAAGCUUGCUUUUAAUGCCUGACAAUAUGCUAUAUAAGUUAUGGAGUUAUUUAACAUGUAUACCAGUUUUUUUUUUUGAAUAUAUGUUGAAUAAAUAAGUUUCCCCUGUGUUAGUUGCAAUAUUUAACAUGAUUUAUGAAGAGAAUACAUUUUGGUUACAUUUGGUUACAAAUACAUUUGAGGUAUAUAUUU